AUGAUGCAAACCACAGUGGAAAAUGAAGAUUGGAAAACAACCAGCAGAAAAGAGAGGGCAACCUUUCAGGGAGAGCAGACGCCGUUGAUCUCAGACGAGGACUUGGCUCUCAAUUCUCUGAAGACGGCAUAUACUGAUGAACCCUUCUCUUUCACCUCAACAAAGACCGCGACCAACUCCACCAAUAACUCAUCCCCAAUUCUUCCUACUCCCCUUCACCGACCCCACAAGUGCCUCCGAAACCUUCGAAUCAUGGCAGCUAUGCUUGCCAAAUUCUUCUUACUAGCCGAAUCCAACCUCGCCAGCGAAACCCUAAUCCCACCCGACAACCUCCUCCCCGCGAAUAUGACAGCCUCCUUGUGCUCGGCGAUGGCUGUUGGUACCUCGACAGCACCACUAUUGCCGCCUCCCUCGAUAGUGGUUAUUGCUUCAAGAUUCUUUGCAGGUGAUUACUUCAAAGUUGAACUUGCGAUAGGAUUGUUGCAUAUUGCAACAAUUCUACAGAACUACAAUUUUUCAUUUUCGGAAAGUUGGUCAGUUGGGAACGAUGUUGCGAAUGAUGUUCCUUGUGAGGAGAGCAGCUCUUACGUUGGGCGUGAUUACACAGCUGAAUUUACGACUGACCAGAUAUUUGAAAAUAGAGCUGUCAUGGUAGAUUGGGCGCGAAGAGUUGGUAAGAAAAAUGGUUUUGUAAUUGUCAUAAGUAAAUCUGCUAGUAUAAAGGGCAACAAGAUGCCGAAGUGCAUUCUUAUUUGUGAAAGGGGGGGAUUGUACAAACCGCCACAGGAAGGGCAUUCAAUGCAAAGGAAUACUGGAACUAAAAAAUGUGAUUGCCCGUUUAAGCUGCGAGGUGUACCACAACCUCCAGACGGUGUCAUGUGGAGUUUGAAGGUUGUUAAAGGUUUUCAUAACCAUGAACCAGCUGAAAGUUUUGAGGGACAUGAGUACCCGUCAAGGCUGACCCUAAUUCAGCAGCAAUUAGCACUGUAUAAGAAAGAGCAACUGGGGGGUCUAUCUCCUACUGGGUACAUCUUGAAUGAAUUAAAUGAGAAAAGAUACAUUUACAACUAUCUUACAAAUGAACACACCAACGGAAUUACAGAUAUUCUUUGGGUUCAUCCCAAAAGCCUAGAGCUAUUUGUCAAUUUUCCGUCCGUGUUGAUUAUUGAUGCGACGUACAAGAGUAAUGAAUAUCGGAUUCCACUCUUGGAAGUUGUGGGUAUCACAUCCACAAUGAAAACUUAUUCUCUUAUGUUUGCAUAUUUGAAUAAUGAGACGAAAGAGCGACUGAUAUGGGCAUUGGAUAGUUUAAAGAGAUGGAUGGUUGAAAAAGGGGCAGCGUUGCCAUCGGUGAUUGUUUCAGAUAGGGAUCUGGCACUUCUUGGUGCCAUUGGAAUAUGUUUGCCCUUCGCGCAACACAUCCUUUGUAUUUGGCACAUAAACCAAUGUGUGAUGAAGAAGUGCAGCUCUAUGCUUGGUACGAGGUGGGACGAGUUUUCCGAAGCAUGGCAGUUGCUUAUUCAUUCAUCGACACCGAUGUCUUUGCAACAAAGAUGGAAUGCCAUGUGCGGAGAGUUUGAGCAAUACUCUGAUGCCAUACAAUACCUUUGGGAUACAUGGUUAGGUCCUUACAAAGAGCGAUUUGUUGCAGCAUAUAUAAACCAAUUUAUGCAUCUUGGGAGCAAUUCAAGCCAAAGGGCGGAGUCUGCGCAUGCAAGGCUCAAACGAUACUUGGGAGAUACCAUGUCCUCACUUCAAACAUCUUUUCAGAAAAUAGAAAAGAUGUUGACCAGUCAGUUCGGGGAUAUUCAGGGGUCGUUCCAGAAAUCUCUCAACAUUUCACGACACAUACAUCUACAUGAAGGCAUUUAUAGUGAAAUCAGAGGUCGCAUUUCAUUACAGGCAAUGAACUUGAUCCAUAAUCAGGCACAACGCACUGAUAACGAAGCCGGCCUUUGCUUUUGUAAGAUCAAAAGGACACACGGAUUGCCAUGCUUUCACGAUAUUGCACUUUACCGUUCUGUGGAUAGACCAAUUUUGCUAAGCUCUAUCCACCCUCACUGGAGUAAGUUGUCCAUGCACGCCCAGAGGCAUACUGAUGAGGGAGCACGAUCCGAUAGGACAGCUCAGCUUAUUGAAAGAUUAAAUGAAAUGGAUUCCGAUAGUCGAGAGUCUAUGAUGGACAGGUUUCUCGAUAUGGCGGAUCCAUCUCGUUGCACAGUUCGACCCCCAGCAUAUAACACAGAACACAGGGGUUGACCUACAGGCAGAGAUGAGCAGAAUAGAGGUCACAUACCUUCUUUCACAGUAUCCACAUCAGAAUCUCAGGCCUCACGUAUUCCAACAUCGCAAAGGAGCAAUGGGAGAGAUCACCUCGUUGAGAAAUUUCCUCAGCAGUAUCAGCGUUAUAUUUCCCACUGUGUUGACGUUCGACCCGAUGGUCAUUGUGGCUUCAGGGCGUUAGCUGCGCAACUUUAUGGUUCUGAAGAUCAAUGGGCUCAAGUACGACAUGACCUUAUCCAAGAGAUUGAACAAAAUCGGGCCCUGUACGAUCAGCUUUAUCCAGAACGUAAUUAUGUAUCCCAUGUUCUACGAAGACUUCAUUGCUUUCGGCCAUCGGCACCAGAGGAUCAUUGGAUGGAUUCUAUAUCAUUGGGACUUGUCAUAGCAUCAACGUACAACGUUGUACUGCAUACAUUCGAUAUGACUGCUUCGAGUUGUUUCACUCACUUGCCAUUGAGCUCCCAUCCAGUUCCAUUCGCAACGCGCACACAUAUAGCUAUUGGUUGUAUUAAUGACAAUCACUUCGCGCAAAUUUUCUUAUACCGUCAUUAUCCUAUACCACCCAUCAUCAUAUGGUGGAGGCCAAAUGCAUCAAAUGAAGCACACGGAUGGGCUCAUCCUUAUGAAACACGCCUCCAAUUGUGGUACGAAGUAAUGCAGAUAGAUCCGUCGGGACGACGACCACAAUU